ACUGGUAAAGUAUUUACGUAAGCAAAGCAAUACUGACAAUGUUGGGUUUGUCUCAUUGCUUGCAUUUGCGAGCCGUGUAUUUUUAUAUUGUCGAUAUCAUAUUAACCUGAAAAAAUUUCGCAAAAUAUCCGGCCUAGCUGUAAAUUGCCGGUCGCGAUAUCAUCAAACCCACUCAAAUCCAUUUUUCAUUCACUGAUCGUAGUAUUAUUGCAAUUUUAGUUCUUGAUUCAGCUUCUGCAGAGUAUGCAGUACUGCAUUAUUCCGCUAUGAUUGCAUCUAUUGGCAGCACUUGUACUUACGUCUAUGACAGCAAAGCGGACCUGGUGGGCGUGGGACAGUUUGGUACUGUGUAUUUGGCAACCAUUGCAAACCGUGGCGACUUCUCUGGGCCCAAUCAAAUCGCUAUUAAGGAGAUUUAUGGUAAAGAUGAAACAGCGAACAAUCAAACUUUGCGCGAACACAAGCGUCAACGCUUGCUAUGUAAAUGGAAUUCCGUGCUCCGGCUUAAUCAUGAAAAUUUAGUCCAAUAUUACAAAUUUACGAUUCGACAUGCGCUUAAAGGGAUAGUGAAGGAAAUCAUGAUGGAUUAUUUUCCAGAUGGAAAACUGAGCACUUUCUUAGAAAACACACCGAAAGACAAAUUCUCGUUUCUUAAUCUCGUGAGUUUUGCCCAGCAAAUCGCUAGAGGCUUGGCAUUUUUGCAUGCUAAUCGGAUCAUUCAUGGCGAUCUGGAACCAAAAAAUAUAUUCUUACAUUAUCGAGGAAAUGAUGGCUACAAUUUGCGCAUAGGUACCCUGGAGUAUGCAGAAUACAGUAUCACAGGUCGCGAGAAAAGUUAUAUUUUCGGACAGCUGAUAUAUAUGUCACCCGAAAUGUUGGCAAAGAUAACGCAGGUGGGUGGUGCUGAUCAUUGCGGCAGGAAAACAGAUGUUUGGAGUCUUGGUUGCACUAUCCUUGACAUUGCACUUUGCCAUUAUGGGGUCAAAGACAGAUGGUUGUACAACAAGGAAGUACAGAAGAAAUUCCGCAUGGAUCACCUCACGAUAUUCGAACUCUGUGUUAGGUUAGUAGAAGGCUAUCUUCCCAUGAUACCCGACAUUGUUUACGGAGGGAUAAAGAUGGCUAUUCAGGGCUGUCUUUACCAGGAUGUUGGUUUACGUUUGAACUCUGCUGAUGUUGUCGAUGCACUGGAUCGCUUAGCCGUCGCCAUACGACCAGUCAAGUGUUUCGGUAGCUCUUGUCUUUACCAUUACGAUCACAAAAGCGACCAGAUUGGCUUAGGUGCUUCUGGUUGCGUUUAUAAGGCCAAAAUAACGGAGCGGGGAGAUUUUACCGGUGACAGUGUGGUGGCAGUUAAAAGAGUUUUCCUCAAAACUGAAACAGGUUACAGCACGGACAACAAUCCAGAGAAUGUAGUUUACGAAGAAAUGUGGAUAUCCUUACUGUCUUUGAAACAUGAUAAUGUAGUGACGUACUACAAAAUUGACACGGAGAGGCAACAAGCGGCCACCAUAAUAGAACUAGUAAUGGAUUACGCUCCAGAUGGCGAUUUGGACGGCUUUAUUAAAUCCGGUAGAUCGCUGUCCUGGGCCAACGUUGUCAGUUUCAGUCAGCAAACAGCCGCUGGUGUGGAGUUUCUACACACUCAUAACUUUGUGCACUGUGACUUGAAACCCGCAAAUGUGCUAAUGCGCCGUCAGUGCGGGGAUAAAUGGAACCUGCAGAUCACCGAUUUGGAUGAUGGUAUCAUCACCGAAUACAGCCAUGUAUGCACCAAGGACAUUGGACGAGCUAAAGGAACUUCACGGUACAUGUCACCGGAAAUUGCAAAGAUGCAUGCGGAAUGUGACGCUAAUAAGCCUAACAAGAAAACAGACAUCUGGAGCUUGGGUUGCAUUGUUAUGGAUUUAAUGGACUGCCAUUGUGGCAAUCACGAUAAAUGGUUUCACCUGCCAUCCCAGAGCGGUGAUGCUUGUAUUGAUACGAGGAUCAGAAUGUCGGAAAGGGGAAAUGCCAAGCGCGUUAUAGUUCAAAUAGCCAUGGGGUUUGUACCGCUAAUGUUUCCCUCAGUGCACGGACGAAUCAUUGGUACCGUAAAAAAUUGUUUCUGCUACGACAGCGGAGAACGGGACUCUGCAGCCCAGUUGUUGGACAAACUGAAGAAACUGGACUCUCAAAUAGGUGACGUGCAAAAAAAUUUUUCGGCUAGCCUGCACCAGACGUCGUCGGACUCUGCCGCACUCUUGAGGAUCUUGGGCCCUGUAACUGACAAAGACGUCCAGCUGGCCGUUGCAUGGGUUGUUAAAAAUCGUGCCGAUCAAAAUCGAUCCGAAUGGGGUGGAAGAUCAAUUGCCAGCGCUUGUGACCUUCUAGGUUUACCAAUGUCAGAUGGUCCACAGGAAACAGAUACUGUUUCAAGGAGUAUCAAGGUCCACCCGGAUAUAAUCUCUUGGUUGGAUAGGAUAUACGAACGACCCGAUCCCACUGAUGGAGCCGUGCACUGUAGCACAGCACGAAACGAGUUACCGCGCCCAAUAUGCAGAACAGGAAACUACUGGUUUCAGAAGGACCUUUAAAACAACAUUUUCCUAAUAGCUGAGAAGAGCAAGCGCCUGGAAUAUGUUACUGUGUGGUAUCUGUUUGCGACGCAUGGGGCGCCACGUGAAUGGAAUUUAAACUGUUCUAUUACAAAUUUUUCGGGUCUUUAUAUAAUGGUGCUUCUUAAUCUGAAAGUCGGGAUUAUACAACGGUGCAUAAUCUUUCAAAAUGUGCAAGUGUGUAUGAAGAGCACAUUGUUUUUAACAAUGAUUUAGGCGCCGUUUGGGGCGGCGUUUGGAUAAAAAAUCUGAAAACGAAAGACACAAAUAGAUAGAUAUGGCCCAUUUCGUCUCUAGAAAACCGACCCCCUUUUUUUGUUACUGUAUUCCAUGUAUUCCUAAGUAUUCCGGUUGUAUUCCUACUGUAUUCUCCGCUUCCGAUAUAAUAUGAUUUCAGUAUUCUCUGCCAGUUGGCCGGUAUUCCUGUGUAUUCCGCCUGUAUUCU